UGUAAAGCAUACGCAUUUGCUUCAUUUCUUCAUACUAAAGGAUGCCAUCGAUCCUUCCUAUGGCUGGAAACAAAAGAGGAGUCCAACUCAUGCUUCUAUUGCAACUUUGGACGGGGGUGCUAACCAUUGCAGUACUUUCUCUGGAUGAAGGGGUACUAACUCUGAAACCUCAAGUCCAGCCACCGGUCGAUAUUCCCAAUCCCGACCCGCCGGUCAGAAGAGAUGUUUAUUAUAAUGGUAAAAUCUUUGAUAUUACCCACUUGAUCUAUCCUGGAAUGCCAAAAUGGGGUGCUCCGGAUGGGAUGGGCGAAGUGGUAACGGUGACUGAGAGCAUGAAAAGUGGUUCAGAUUGUUAUGUUUCUGAGAUGAAGCUUCCUUCCCACACUGGAACACAUGUUGAUGCACCUUCUCAUUUUUUUGAAGAAUACUAUGAAAAAGGGUAUGACACAAGUACUCUUAAUCUGAAGACUCUCAAUGGUCCGGCGCUGGUAGUUGAUGUUCCUAGGAAUAGUAACAUUACUGCUGAAGUAAUGCAGAACUUGCGAAUUCCCCAAGGAAUAGGUCGUGUUCUUUUCAGAACUUUAAACACUGAUAGGAAGCUUAUGCACCAAAGUGAGUUCCAUUCAGACUAUGUUGGGAUCAUGAAGGAUGGCGCAGAAUGGAUUGUAGAUAACACAAAUAUCAAGCUUGUUGGCAUUGAUUACUUGUCUAUUGCUUCCUACAACGAUGCCGUUCCAACGCAUCAAGCAUUAUUGAGAAGCAGAAAAAUUGUUGUUGUGGAGGGCCUAAACCUUGACAAGGUUACAGCAGGAAUAUAUGAUCUCCAUUGCUUGCCCAUAAGGGUGCUUGGUGCUGAGGGAACACCAACAAGAUGCAUUCUUAUGAGUUGAAAUUUGCAGGCCUGUGAUUCUAUGUGAAAGCGUAACCUGGACUUUGUGCCUUUGUUAUGGAAAUAAAUCAUGGACUUUGUGCUUUUACUAUAAAAAUAAAUUAUGGAAUUUAAGCCUUUAUUAUCGAA